ACAACACCAAUGAAGACUGUCUCUGUGUUGGUCUUCUUCUUCCUCUUCUUUCUCAUGAAAAAAUCCAGGAGCAAGAACCUGACACACUGUGUCAGAAUGUUCUCCUGUGGAAGCCUCGACUUCAGGUUCCCUUUCUUUAACACAACCAUGCCGUCUCGGUGCGGUCUCUUCAAGCUUAAUUGCACUGAUCACCAUAUUUCAGAGAUACAGCUUGUGGAAGAAGGGAAAUGGUACAAAGUGACGAGCGUCUCUCAAGCCGAAACCAUAACCAUCACGGACCCAAGGCUUAGCCAAAGCUUGGAAACAGGAUCCUGCAGUGACUUGUCAAGAUUCUCUCUUCCAGAUUCUCCAUGGCUCGAAAUGACCACUUUGUACAAAUGCAACAACAGUAGGAGGAAGCAUGGUUUCAGUUAUGCAAAUUGCAAAGGAGGAGGAAGCAGCUUGUAUUACUCCGAUUUGACAGAUUAUUCAGGGUGUUCAGUUAUCAAGACUCCAGAAAGCUGGGUGAUUUCAAGAAACAAGAACGGGUUUAAUCUUAAUGCUACUUUCUCUCUUCAUAUAAACCUGCCUCGAGGCUGCAGUAGCUGCCAUAGACGAGGAGGACAAUGUACGAUGAUCAAAGAAAAAUUUCGCUGCCGUGGAGGAAGCAAAGAGGACUACCAAGAUGUGAAGUUAAAGCUUGGAUUAGGACUAUCAGCUGGUUUAACUGUUAUUAUCAUUAUACUGGUCCUGAUAACAGUAAGAGUGAAAAAAACAAGAAAGAGUGACUGGAAUACCGAGAGCGUUGAAGCAGUGGUAAUGCUGAAACGAUAUAGUUACGCAAGAGUUAAGAAGAUGACUAACUCAUUUGCACACGUUCUCGGGAAAGGAGGAUUUGGAACAGUAUACAAAGGCAAGUUACCAGAUGGAGGCGUAGAUAUUGCAGUGAAGAUCUUGAAGGAAGGAAAGGGAACCGGAGAAGAGUUCAUCAACGAAGUAGCUAGCAUGAGUAGAACAUCUCAUGUAAAUAUUGUCUCUCUGCUUGGGUUCUGUUAUGAAAGGAACAAAAGAGCUAUAGUAUAUGAGUUCAUGCCUAAUGGAUCCCUUGACAAGUUUAUCUCCGAGAAUAUGUCAACCAAGAUAGAAUGGGAAAGGCUAUAUGACAUUGCGUUAGGUGUCUCUCGCGGCCUAGAGUAUUUACACAACCGUUGUGUAUCGAGGAUUGUGCAUUUCGAUAUAAAGCCGCAAAACAUACUCAUGGACAAGGAUCUUUGUCCCAAGAUUUCAGAUUUCGGUCUUGCUAAGCUCUGCAAAAAUAAAGAGAGCGUCAUGUCAAUGCUAGACGCUAGAGGGACGGUAGGAUACAUUGCCCCUGAAGUGUUCUCGAAUAAUUUUGGAGGAGUUUCGCAUAAGUCAGAUGUGUAUAGUUAUGGUAUGGUGAUCCUUGAGAUGAUUGGAGCAAAGAAUAUAGAAAAUUUUGGAUCCAACAAUAGUUCAAUGUACUUUCCAGAUCUUCUCUAUUAA